CUAAAUUAAUUCGACGCAACCAUGAGCAAAUGGUGGAAUAGCGAGACCGGAGAAUCCUUUUCGAGCUCAAGCUCGUCUGAGUUGGGGUUCAACUCACCAUACAAUUCGCGUUCGGGUAGCUCCGCUGGGCUGCCCAAACUAUGCAAACACGGCAUUGCGUCGUUGAGAACUUCUCACACCCCUCUCAACCCUAUGCGGCGAUUCUACUGCUGCAGCCGUCGAGGGUCUGCCGAAGAUUGUGGGUUAUGGGAGUGGGUUGAUACAGAAUUGAAUGACCACUACAAAGAGUGCAUAUCCAAACUUCGGAAUGAUCUGGCUAGAGCUGAGGAGUUGCGGGAUCAAGCGACAAUGGCGGCUACUUUGAGCAGUCAAAGGUUGGAAUCAAGAUUGGCUGUAAUGAAUUCAGCUGUCGUUGAGCUUGGUCUACUAAAGGCAAGGAAUGAGACACUGGAAGGAAUUGUACGUGGUCUGUUGUUCAAGAUUCGGACAACCAAAUGGGUUCUUUGCGUUGUGGCCUUGUUGUUUGCUUUGUUGUGGGUUCUGAAGUAA